AUGUCUGGAUACAACGUUGAAAAAGAGAUUGAACAUUUAGUGCACGAGAUGAAGAGAAUUGGAGGAACUAGUGGAACCUGCACCUUUGGACAGCUUUUCCAUGAUGACAAAAUUCAAAAUUUAUUGGAGUCUCUUGUCGGAACAAUGAAAGCUGCAAAAAAGAGAAAGGUCAUUGAUUUCCAAGGAGAGUUGUUAUUGCAAGGUGUUCAUGAUAAAGUAGAAGUCAAGUUGUUACAACCUGAUUUCAAGGCAUCUCAAUAA